AUAACAUAACAUACAGAUGUACAUAUGUACAUAUAGAACUAAUAGUUAUAUUAUAGUAAAAUUAAAUAAAUGUAAAGAGAAGCUACAUCUCUCUCUCUCUCUCUCCCCCUCUAUCGCCCUCUCCACAGUUCAUGUUGCUAUUUAAUUGCUUAUUAUUUAUUAUACAGCUCCCUGGCCCGUGAUGUUAAUGAAAGAAAGUAAUUCAUAAGGUAACCUUGAGAUAAGACGCCACGUUGCAGCGCACCUCUCGUGCUUGAAGCGUGUGGGACAUGCAGGAUGUGUUGUUAUAGGUGUGACAUUGAGAUGUAGCCUAAGCCUGUGAAAGACCAACAUGGUUGAAUGCUUUCACCUUUCUGUUUUAAUGUCGUUUUUGAGAUCCCUCACAAAGUUCCUUCCCUCAAAUAUUUAUUGCAAUAAUUGUGCUGUUAUAUUUCAUUUAUGUAGGCUAUUUAAUUAUUUAUUCAUGACUUUUUGUUGGGGCUUCCACUUCAAUUGUUAGCUCUGUUACAAGAUACAAAGAAAACGACAAAAGAUAACACAACGAUUACAAACAAGAUAAGCUCAAAACGCUGUUUACAAAUGUGCACAUUUACUUUUGUACUUUGAUUCAUCCUGUCUCGCAUCUUCAACAAACACAGACCCCCACUAGUAGCAACACCUCAAAACACAAACAACACACUAAACAAGCUAAAAGUCGUGGCCCAGAGCCCCUUUUCUUCUUGCGGUAACGCUGCGAUGACACCUGCGUAUCUGCCACACUUUCUAUGCAGUUUGCAGCUGUGCGCGACCACAAUUUUUCUUUGACAUAUUCAAAUUCUGCGUUGAACUCAAAGACGCUCUUUCGACUUUCUGAUAGGAAACCAAAGCCGUUUUUUCAUGCCUUUUUAAGUUCACGAUAUAACCGUAGAGGCCUGCCCUACACACGUUUAGCUAUAUGGCCUUAUACACCUGGUGGCCAUCUUGGUUCGAGACGCUAGCUGGGGUGGGUGUUUAUUGUGGAUCACUCCCCCCCACCCCGUGGACAUGCCACCCGGCCUCACCAUAUGUCUCCUGCUGUGGCACCACCGUUAAGAAACCAGCAGGACUCUGGGAUGCCAGGGACCUCAAGCGAGACCUUUGCCUGUGGGAGGAAGUCGGAGAACGAAACCCGCCGAGAACCAGGAGCUCGGAGGACCAGCCUGUUGCUCUCUUCUCCCCCUCCUCCUUCUGGACUGGAAGGAUCGUUCUCCCCGUCCGCCUCCGGAGGUCAGUGUAAUCAACCGGAAGGCCGAAUGGAGGAGGUGUUACCAGACCUGAGCCGGAGGAACCAGUACAGACCCUCUGUGUUACGACAGGGCAAAAUGCAGCCUUCUAAACACUCUAUCGAGAACGGUUCACGCACUCAGCCAAUCCUAGUCCCGGAGUCAGAGAGCCAGGACCCAGGCCCCCACUGGGGUUCAUCUCCCCCCGCGGGAGCUCCGUCUCCGGGCCGUCUCGCCGGCGCCUCCUCCCCUCUCCUCCCUCUCCCCUCUGGCAGAGGAGGGAGUCUGCAUCCCUACUCCCAGCACGCCAUGCAUCCCGACCACUCCAGACUCCCCGCCACAGGGGGCGCCAGAGGUCUGUUUGUGAGCGGGCUGUGCCGCUGGCUUGGGUGUGGCAGGUCGUUUGAAGAUAUCUCCAGCCUUUUUAUCCACCUGCAGGGAGAACAUGGCCUCACUGAGCAGAGCCUGACCCAGUAUAGAAGCCAGCAGGACAUGGUGCACUACCUGGAGAGAAAGCUGACCUUGGAGAAACAAAGACUGCGGUUGAUGGAGCGGCACAUCUCAGACACCAGCCCGGCCCAAUCCGCGGCAUAUGAUUGGUCGUACAGUCUGGCACUCUACCUGGCCCCGCCCCCGGUGACAGAUGGGGUGGCUGCGCCGCCCGGAGUGGUGAAGGAUGUGGUGGACUUCGCUCAGCAGGGCUGCUGGCCCAAUGGCCCAGCACACCUUCUGCCAGAUUAUGUCCCCAGCAUUGAGUGUUACAAGUAUAACAACAUCAGGCCCCCCUACACCUACGCUUACCUCAUCAGAUGGUCCAUCCUGGAGUCCCCGCUGAAGCAGCGCAGCCUGAAUGAGAUCUACACCUGGUUCUCCACCAUGUUCUUCUACUUCAGACACAACACGGCCACCUGGAAGAACGCCGUGCGCCAUAACCUGAGCCUGCACACGUGCUUCGUGCGCAUGGAGGGGGGGAAGGGCGCGGUGUGGACGGUGGACGAGAGGGAGUUCCAGCGGAGGAAAGGACCCAAGUACCACAGGGACCAGCCCGGGAGGCUGAUGUCACCUUACUCACAUUUCCGACCUGGAGAAUCGUGAGGACGUUGUGUCCACUGGUCUGCAACGGUUAUUUUCCACCAGAAGAGGGCGAUUUUACGGCGAAUUAUAUUCAGACGGUGCGUGGCAAAUUUGCGUUUCUAUUAACGACUAUAACUAUGAUGGGAUAUAUGAAGCUAGGGUCGAAUAUUUGGAGGAACCAGUCAGAGUAAGCUACAUUUGGAAAGUAUCCAACCGGAAGAAUCCCCUCCCUACCUUCAGGUCUCCCUCCUACGUUACUGCCCCAAAAUACUUCAAACAAAUGACUAGCUCGCUAGCCUUAGCAUAGAUCUGCCUAGCCAAAUUUCGUCAAUUUCUUGUUAGAUACAUUUUUUAAUUCAUUGCCGUCGGGUUUUAGAGAAUGUCAACAAUAAUAAAAAGAAGCUUGAAUAAAUUGCCUAUCCUGACUUUAACCCUGCAUCUUUACCCUGACCAUAACUUGAAUAUCAAUCUGUAACCAGACAAUUUCAGAUUACCAUUGAAUACUACCUACAUGUAACCAUUGCAAAUCAAUGACCUAAUCGUAACCAUUUCUACUAAUUGUAUAAAAGGGGAAAAUAAAUAACCAAUAAAGUGUAUAUAGUGAGCUAUAUUCAGACUUGUUUGUCAGAAAAGUAAUAAAGCCUAUCCAAACACA